AUGGGCGAGAGCAACAUGAAGGUGUUGGGAGCAUGGUCAAGCCCAUUCGUGAUGAGGGUCAGAAUCGCCCUUCACCUCAAAUCCCUCAACUACGAGUAUGCAGAAGAAAACAUGAUGCAGGGCAAAAGCGAGCUUCUUCUCAAAUCAAACCCUGUUCACAAGAAAGCCCCCGUCCUCAUCCAUGGCGGUAACCCCAUCUUUUUCCUGGUCAUGGGGAGGGUGUUAGUUGGUUCAACGGAGGAAGUCAAAAAGGCGGCGAUGGCGGAGGUUUUAGAAGGUUCGGUCCUGUUGGAGGAAGCUUUUAAAAGGUUGAGCAAAGGGAGAGCUUUAUGA